CUAGGAAAUGCUGGAGUGGGGAAGUGAGAUAGGGAAAGGAGCUGAUAAAGGGGAUGUUACCAAGCAAGUUACUGCUGUGGGCAACCAGAGCUCAGUCCAGCUGGGGAACUCUGGGAGACAGUGUAGCAUGCGCACCUCAGAGUUGACUUAAGGACAGGGAGCUGGGGUGUUUCUCCACCAUUUUCCUGCCUGUCAUUAGUCAAAGGCAUCUUUCUGAAGCAUUAACUCUUCAUCACUCCGGCUUGCCCUAUAUGUUGUCCAUGUCUGCUCCCGGGACCAGAAAUGAAGACCCCAGACCAGGAGUAGAAGGGGGGUUUAUGAAGAAGCAUGGCCAGCCUGUUGUUUCCAAAACCUUGGGGUUUACAGUCCCUGCAGUGGAGACCCGUCCUAGCAUCUGGGGAGAGUGCCCACCAAAGUUUGCUACCAAGCUGGGCCGAGUGGUGGUCAAAGAAGGACAAAUGGGACGAUUCUCCUGCAAAAUCACUGGCCGGCCCCAACCACAGGUCACCUGGCUCAAGGGAAACGUUCCUCUGCAGCCGAGUUCCCGUGUGUCCAUGUCUGAGAAGAAUGGGAUGCAAGUUCUGGAAAUCCAGGAAGUCGACCAAGAUGAUGUGGGAGUGUACACGUGCAUGGUGGCGAAUGGGUCCGGGAAGGCCUCCAUGUCUGCUGAGCUUUCUAUCCAAGGUUUGGACAACACCAACAGGUCAUUUGUGAGAGGCACACAGGCUGCCAAUACAAACAUCAGGAGGGAGGUGACCAAUGGAAUCGCCAAGGGGCCAAAACUGGAUAGCCUGGAGACUGCAGCUGGAAGUAAGAACUGCUCCAGUGCCCAGAGAGAUGUCUCAGCCACCUGUGUCACCGAUAGCCAGCCUCAGCCCCUGAGGGAAUCCAAGCUGGAGCCGAUUAGGGACUUACCCAGAAAGGCCCUGAGGACUCCCGUCCUUCAGAAGACUUCCAGCACCAUCACCCUGCAGGCUGCAAAAGCACAGCCUGAGCAGCAAGCACCAGCCUCGGGGGCCCUCUGUCCCUCCAGAGAAGAGAGGAAGAGGCCAGCCGCGCCUCCUCCAGCCACCCUCCAUGCAAGGCAGCCUGACCUCCAAAGCCAAGAAGGUGUGAGCAAGGUUGCUGUCAGGAAAAUCGCCAUGGAGAGCUGGAGGGAUUCAACAGUCCCCAAAUUUGAGAGCAAGCCCCAAAGCCAGGAAGUCAGUGAGGACGAAACAGUCAAGUUCAGAUGUGAGGUUUCAGGGGUUCCAAAGCCUGAAGUGACCUGGUUCCUGGAAGGUGUCCCUGUGAGGCAACGAGAAGGCAUUGUGGAGGUUUAUGAAGCUGCUGGAUCCCAUUACCUGUGCCUGCUGAAAGCCCGCACGAGGGACAGUGGAAACUACAGCUGCACAGCUUCCAAUGUCCGAGGCCAGGUGUCCUAUAGCUGGGCCCUCCAGGUGAAAAAGUUGGCCAUGGCGGGAGUGGCCCCCUCCUUCUCCAGUGUCCUGAAGGACUGCUCCGUCAUCGAAGGCCAGGACUUUGUGCUGCAGUGCUCUGUGCAGGGAACCCCGGAGCCCCAAAUCACUUGGCUGCUCAAUGAACAGCCCAUCCAGUAUGCUCACUCCAGCUGCGAGGCCGGCAGGGCUGAGCUCCACGUCCAGGAUGCCCUUCCGGAGGACCAUGGUACCUACACCUGUCUAGCGGAGAACACCUUGGGGCAGGCGUCCUGCAGCGCCCGGGUCACCGUCCAUGAAAAGAAGAGUGACAGGAAGAGUGAGUACCUUCUACCCGUGGCUCCCAGCAAGCCCAUCGCACCCAUCUUCCUGCAGGGCCUCUCUGAUCUCGAAGUCAUGGAUGGAAGCCAGGUCACCAUGACAGUCCAGGUGUCAGGGAACCCACCCCCUGAGGUCAUCUGGCUUCACAAUGGGCAGGAGAUCCAGGAGUCAGAGGACUUCCACUUUGAACAGCAGGGUGCUCGCCACAGCCUUUGUAUCCAGGAGGUGUUCCCAGAGGACACGGGCACGUACACCUGUGAGGCCUGGAACAGCGCUGGAGAGGUCCGCACGCAGGCCGUGCUCACGGUGCAAGAGCCUCACGAUGGCACCCAGCCCUGGUUCAUCAGCAAGCCUCGCUCUGUGACAGCCACCCUGGGCCAGAGCGUCCUCAUAUCCUGCGCCAUUGCUGGCGACCCCUUUCCCACCGUGCACUGGCUCCGAGAUGGCAAAACCCUCUCCAAAGACAGUGGUGACUUUGAGGUUCUGCAGAACGAGGAUGUGUUUACCCUGGUUCUAAAGAACGUGCAGCCCUGGCACGCCGGCCAGUAUGAGAUCCUGCUCAGAAACCGGGUUGGCGAAUGCACUUGCCAGGUGUCGCUGAUGCUGCAGACCAGCCCUGCCGGAGCCCCUUCACGGGGGAGGGAGCCUGCCGGCUGUGAGGGCCUCUGUGGUGGACGAGUUGGUGCUGAUGGUGGUGGUGGUGACCGCUAUGGGACCCUGAGGCCCGACUGGCCAGCGAGAGGGCAGGGUUGGCCAGAGGAGGAAGACGGUGAGGACGUGAGGGGGGUGCUGAAGAGGCGCGUGGAGACACGGCAGCACACCGAGGAGGCAAUUCGCCAGCAGGAGGUGGAGCAGCUGGACUUCCGUGACCUCCUGGGGAAGAAGGUGAGUACCAGGACCCUGUCAGAAAACGACCUGAAGGAGACCCCGGCUGAGCAGAUGGAUUUCCGCGCCAACCUGCAGCGGCAAGUGAAGCCAAAGACUGUGUCUGAGGAAGAGAGGAAGGUGCAUAGCCCCCAGCAGGUGGACUUCCGCUCGGUCCUGGCCAAGAAGGGGACAUCCAAGACCCCAGUGCCUGAGAACGUGCCACCUCCCAAACCUACCACCCCAGAUUUCCGUUCGGUGCUGGGCAGCAAGAAGAAAUUACCAGCAGAGAAUGGUAGCAGCGGUGCUGAAGCCUUGAACGCCAAGGGAGUGGAGAGCCCUAAGCCAGUAGGCAGUGCACAUUCAGAGUCCCUAAAACCCACGGGCAAUGCCAAGCCAGCUGAGACCCUGAAACCCUUGGGCAAUGCCAAGCCAGCCGAGACCCUGAAACCCUUGGGCAAUGCCAAGCCAGCCGAGACCCUUAAACCUUUUGGCAACAUCAAGCCAGCUGAGACCCUGAGACCUGUUGGCAAUGCCAAGCCAGCCGAGACCCUGAGACCUAUUGGCAACGCCAAGCCAGCCGAGGCCCUGAGAUCUGUUGGCAAUGCCAAGCCAGCCGAGGCCCUGAGACCUGUUGGCAAUGGCAAGCCAACUGAGGCCCUGAAACCCCUGGGCAAUGCCAAGCCAGCCGAGACCACAAAACCCCUGGGCAACGCCAAGCCAGCCGAGACCACAAAACCCCUGGGCAACGCCAAGCCAGCUGAGAUCCCAAAACCCUUGGGCAAUGCCAAGCCAGCUGAGAUCCCAAAACCCCUGGGCAAUGCCAAGCCAGCUGAGAUCCCGAAACCCCUGGGCAAUGCCAAGCCUGCUGAGACCCCAAAACUCCUGGGCAAUGCUAAGCCAGCUGAGACCCCAAAACCCCUAGGUAAUGCCAAGCCAGCUGAGACACUGAAGCCCCUGGGCAACACCAAGCCAGCUGAGGCCCCAAUACCAGCUGGAAAAGAAGAACUCAAGAAGGAGGUUAAGAAUGAUGUGAACUUCAGGAAAGGGCAUGCAGGAACCCCAGAUAAUGAAAAAAGAUCAGAAAGCCAAGGGAUAGCCCCAGCCUUCAAGGAGAAGCUACAAGAUGUCCGUGUGGCAGAGGGCAAAAAGUUGCUACUCCAGUGCCUGGUGUCCUCUGACCCCCCAGCCACCAUCACCUGGACGCUGAAUGGAAAGACGCUGAAGACCACCAGAUUCAUCAUCCUCUCUCAAGAAGGCUCACUCUGCUCCGUCUCCAUUGAGAAGGCCCUGCCCGAGGACAGAGGCUUGUACAAGUGUGUAGCCAAGAACAGUGCCGGCCAGGCUGAGUGUUCCUGCCAAGUCAUCGUGGACGAUGCUCCCACCAGUGAGAAUGCCAAGGCCCCGGAAAUGAAAUCCCGUAGACCUAAGAGCUCUCUUUCCACCGUGCUAGGAACAGAGAGUGAUGCAACUGUGAAAAAGAAACCUGCCCCCAAGACACCGCCGAAGGCAGCUAUGCCCCCUCAGAUCAUCCAGUUUCCAGAGGACCAAAAGGUGCGUGCUGGUGAGUCUGUGGAGCUGUUUGGCAAAGUGACAGGCACCCAGCCCAUCACCUGUACCUGGAUGAAGUUUCGAAAGAAGAUCCAGGAGAGUGAGCACAUCAAGGUGGAGAACAGCGAGAAUGGCAGCAAGCUCACCAUUCUGGCCGCACGCCAGGAGCACUGUGGCUGCUACACACUGCUGGUGGAGAACAAGCUGGGCAGCCGGCAGGCCCAGGUCAACCUCACGGUGGUGGAUAAACCAGACCCCCCAGCCGGCACGCCUUGCGCCUCUGAUAUUCGAAGCUCCUCAUUGACCCUGUCCUGGUACGGCUCCUCGUAUGACGGGGGCAGUGCCGUGCAGUCCUACAGUGUCGAGAUCUGGGACUCAGUGGACAAGAUGUGGAAGGAACUGGCCACAUGCCGCAGCACUUCUUUUAAUGUCCAGGACCUGCUACCUGACCGCGAGUAUAAAUUCCGUGUGCGCGCAAUCAACGUGUAUGGAACCAGUGAGCCGAGCCAGGAGUCUGAACUCACAACGGUGGGAGAGAAACCCGAGGAGCCGAAGGAUGAAGUGGAGGUGUCGGAUGAUGAUGAGAAGGAGCCCGAGGUGGAUUAUCGGACAGUGGCAGUCAAUACCGAGCAAAAGGUUUCUGACUUCUACGACAUCGAGGAGAGACUAGGAUCUGGGAAAUUUGGACAGGUGUUUCGACUCGUAGAAAAGAAAACUGGAAAAAUCUGGGCAGGGAAAUUCUUCAAGGCGUAUUCAGCAAAGGAGAAGGAGAACAUCCGGCAGGAGAUUAGCAUCAUGAACUGCCUGCACCACCCCAAGCUGGUCCAGUGUGUGGAUGCCUUCGAAGAGAAGGCCAACAUCGUCAUGGUCCUGGAGAUCGUGUCGGGGGGUGAGCUGUUUGAGCGCAUCAUUGACGAGGACUUUGAGCUGACGGAGCGCGAAUGCAUCAAGUACAUGAAGCAGAUCUCUGAGGGGGUGGAGUACAUCCACAAGCAGGGCAUCGUCCACCUGGACCUCAAGCCCGAGAACAUCAUGUGUGUCAACAAGACGGGCACCAGGAUCAAGCUCAUCGACUUCGGUCUGGCCAGAAAGCUGGAGAAUGCGGGGUCUCUGAAGGUCCUCUUUGGUACCCCUGAGUUUGUGGCCCCUGAAGUGAUCAACUACGAGCCCAUUGGCUAUGCCACGGACAUGUGGAGCAUCGGGGUCAUCUGCUAUAUCCUGGUCAGUGGACUUUCCCCCUUCAUGGGUGACAAUGAUAAUGAAACCUUAGCCAACGUUACCUCAGCCACCUGGGACUUCGACGAUGAGGCGUUCGACGAGAUCUCUGAUGAUGCCAAGGAUUUCAUCAGCAAUUUGCUGAAGAAAGACAUGAAAAACCGCCUGGACUGUACCCAGUGCCUUCAGCACCCAUGGCUAAUGAAAGACACCAAGAACAUGGAGGCCAAGAAGCUCUCCAAAGACCGGAUGAAGAAGUACAUGGCAAGAAGGAAAUGGCAGAAAACAGGCAAUGCUGUGAGAGCCAUUGGAAGACUGUCCUCUAUGGCUAUGAUCUCAGGGCUCAGUGGCAGGAAAUCCUCGACAGGCUCCCCAACCAGCCCACUCAAUGCAGAGAAACUAGAAUCUGAAGAUGUCUCGCAAGCUUUCCUUGAGGCCGUUGCUGAGGAAAAGCCCCAUGUAAAACCCUACUUCUCUAAGACCAUCCGUGAUUUAGAAGUUGUGGAAGGAAGUGCUGCUAGGUUUGACUGCAAGAUUGAAGGGUACCCAGACCCUGAGGUCGUCUGGUUCAAAGAUGACCAGUCCAUCAGGGAGUCCCGUCACUUCCAGAUAGACUAUGAUGAGGAUGGGAACUGCUCUUUAAUUAUUAGUGAUGUUUGCGGGGAUGACGACGCCAAGUACACCUGCAAGGCUGUCAACAGCCUCGGAGAAGCCACCUGUACAGCAGAGCUGAUUGUGGAGACCAUGGAAGAAGGAGAAGGGGAAGGAGAAGAGGAAGAAGAAGAGUGAGACAAAGCCAGAGAGAAGCUGUUGCUAAGUCGUAUUAAAAAGACUAUUUCUCUAAAGCUCAAAAAACCCAAGAUAGUAAAAGCACCUAGUGUGAUAGAGACUCUAGUUAGGUCAUUUGGGGGGUUGAUUCUUCACUGAGAGCAGUUGAUAUCUAGCAGUGUUAUCGACGGGCAUUAAUCUGAACAAGCCGGCACCUUAAGAUAUGAGUGCAGUUAGAUUUCAUUUAGGGAGAUCACCUAGUAACGUGCCUGACCAAUUGAUUUGAGAACAAAAGUAACCAAUAUGUAUUUGGGCAAAGUCAUAAAUUAUGCAACUGAAAGCACUCAUGAGAAAUAAAGCCAAAAUUAGGGGCCCGGGGCCCCAUAACCGCAGCCCAGCCCUGAGGACCCCUGGAAAUGGAAAGCCUCUCUGUCCCAGCCCCUGACUCCAAACAUCUGGUUCUUCAAUACCGCAGCGCUUCAUUCUGAGAGCAGUUGAGCCAUUCUACCCUUGGAGGCACAUUCGAUUCCAAAGUAUACUGCAGACCUUUAAACUUCUCAUUCCUGCCCCCUCCCUGCCCCUGUCCCCCCUGCCAGUUUUCCUGGAUCUAAACUUGCCGUGAGUUUAAGCUCUAAGGACAUUCUGCUUCUUAGACUCUGAAGACAGGCCCCCUGCUUAUGGCUGCCCCUGGCUUCUUUAGGAAAACCAAAUCUCCACCCUUACAAAAUCAGUAUGAAAUCAAAACGUAGCCCCUCUUUGAAAGUGUCUAGCAGCUUCAGACAUUUGUAUAAGAACUCAUGGGAAAAAAAAAAAAAAGCUUGCUAAUGUGCUUUUCUUCUUAAACAGGAUUAAUGUGUGCGCUUAUAAGAAUAUCAGCUCUGCAUGUGUGGUGAAGAUUUUGUGUUUGUAUGAAAAACCAGUUUGCUGCAAAGUUACUCUUAAUUAUUUAUUGGCCACUAUGAAACAGAUUUCAACUGAUGAAGAGCUGUAGACCUCCAAGUACUUUGGAAUCUCCUUCAAGAUAGUCUGAGUUUCAUAUACCUUCAUUCUAAACACUCUCCAAAGAUCUCUGCCUUCCUUAUGGGUUCCACAAUAUUCUUCUUCUUGAAUGUGCGUCAACCAUGCCUGGCCCCCAACCUUGAAAUGUAUCCUUAGACCUGAUAAAUGCACUCAGACUUGGAUCUUUAAGACUUUAACUUUCUUUCACGACAUUGGCACUUAAAUUUUUCUUAAUGAAACUUUUCGAAGGUCAUGAACAAAGGCCAUGAACUGAUAGACCUAAUGCAUUUCCUCUGUGUGUGUGUGUGUGUGUGUGUGUGUAACAUUCCAAGUAUUUUUUUUUUUUUUUCCUUUUCCACUGUUUAUAAAGUGCAGCAACUUAAUAUUUCAAGGGACUUUUUAACAGUUCCUUAAGAACCCGUUCUCGGUUACUUCAGUGCAAUCCCACACGGUAUCAAUGUUAGAAUUUCGGUAUUAUUUAGUUUUAUGUUAUCUUCUAUUUUCAUCUGCUUUUUGCUGCUAGUUUUAAAUUGCCAGUAUUUUUUUUUUUUGCUUUUAAAGUUUUAAUAUUUUUCAUAAUAGCCACAGUAUUGCCACAGUUUAUUAUAAGAGUUUUUUUUUUUUAACUUGAUUUAUAGCAUUCAAAGCUUUUUUCCCCUCACUUUUAGUUGUGUUUAGGCUGUAAGCUUUGUGUGCGUGUCAUCUGUUAUAUAUGUGCAUGUAUGGAGUGUAUGUGUGUUUGACAGUUUUUAGUACCUUCUUGAAAUUGUGUUAAUGUUCUCCCAGUUGAUAUGCCAUCCGAAUGGUAAAUGAGAACACUACGACUGUAGUUAACUCACAGUUUUUAAAUAAAGGAUACCACAGUGCA